CGUCGUCGACGAUAAAACCGUCUCGAACGUUUCUCAUCUCAGUUCAGUCAGUGCAUGAAAUUGUGUAAGACGGAUCCGAUGCUUUUUCCAAAAAGAUGGAAAGCAGUAGCAGCAACGAUCUAACGGAUAGUAACAAUGGUUGCGACGUAAUUCACAUCAAGAAUGUCCCAUCGCUCCUCAGCUCGUACGACGAGAGCAUCUUGGACGACAAAUCCGAGAUCUUCAGCAUGACGUCUUUGGGAGCGUUUAUUUUCCUCAAUCAAGCUGAAUCAAAGUUGAGUUACGGUUUGGACAAUGCGAUCGCUCAAAAUUCUCACACAACGACGGACACAACGAGACUGUCCUUAGCGUACGAACGUCUCCACAGUAUGCCCAAACUAAUAUUGCAAGAACUCUCGCCGUAUAUCGUCGUCUUGGACAUCAGCAACAACGAAUUCGAAAAUUUAAAUUUUUUGACCGAAUUCAAGAAGCUGACGACGCUGAUCUGCGAUCACAACAACAUAACUUCAUCGACCGAAAUCCCGGCGAUGCCGAAGCUCGAAUUGCUCUGGUUGAAUCACUGCAAGAUAAAGGAGCUGUAUCCUUGGGGAAGGAAAUUGCAGAAAUCGUGUCCGCAAUUGAAGUAUUUAUCGCUGAUGGGAAACGAGGCGGCUCCUUCGUAUCUGAACGGUGGAAACUUUAACGAAUAUUUACAGUACAGAUUGUUUAUGAUCAGCAUGUUUCCGAAUCUGCUGCAUUUGGAUGAUAAACCUGUGACGGCGGAGCAGAGGAAAGAAUCGAAGAAGUUGUACAAGAAGUCUUUUCUGGAGAAGCUCAAGUUUCUCGACAAUUUCACUUUAUCCGCUCAAUGCGUUUCUCCGGCGGCGUACACUACAUACUUGGAGAAGAAUAUAGUUAUUUAAGAUUAGUAUUAAUGACAAAAA